AUGUCAGCGGCAGACACUUCGAAACUCACCAAAAAGCAGAAGAAAUCGAUUGCCUUUCGAGACCGAAAGGGAAAAGGAAAAAGAGCCGAACAUGAUGAAGCUAUUCUUGACGUUCCUGUCUCCGAGGAUCAGGAUUUGGCUGAAGUGGAGGGCGAUACGGCGACAGCAGAAAACGAUCAGGGGGACAGUGGGCCAUUGGCGAAGAAGAGGAAAAGAGUUCAGGGUGAGGAUAGGUCGACGGGAGCGAACAAGAGUGAGGGCGAAGACGUUGGUGACGAAAAGAGGAAGAAGAAGCGGAAAAUCAAGGCAGCAACAGAGGGUGCUGGGGCUGGGGUUGCUGCUGAGACUGAGGAGCAGGAAGAGAAUGUGAAUUCGAAGACAAAUUCAAAACAGAGAUUCAUCUUGUUUGUCGGAAAUCUGAAGUAUACUACUCCGAAGAAUGCUAUUGAAGAGCAUUUUGCUGCAUGUGAUCCGCCGCCCACUAUCCGCCUGCUGACGCAGAAACAGCAGCGGGCUGGUGCGACAGUCGCAAAGUCGAAAGGCUGCGCCUUCCUUGAGUUCACCAGCAAAAAUUCCCUACAGCAAGCGCUCAAGCUACAUCACUCCACAUUGGACAGUCGGCAAAUCAAUGUCGAGCUAACGGCGGGUGGCGGAGGUAAGAGUGAAACUCGGCUGUCGAAGUUGCGAGAGAGAAACAAAGAACUAGCUGCCCAAAGGACGAAAAAACUACAGAAGGCCGUAGCAGACGGGCAAGAGGUACGCCCUGAUCGGCCUCAACGCUUUUCUGCAACUUCCGGCGAAGGUGAGGCACCACUAGCGAAGCGGACUUGGACGGUCGGCGAAGAGGAGGAUGAGAACACGCACCGUGGGGGGAAGAAGCACAAAAAGACGCGUGGUGCAAAGGUCAAGCCUUGGGGAACAGGCGUCAAUGCUAUACCUGUGGGGUGA